AUGGCCACUCACAUCUCCAUUCUUGAGGAAUUCAACUUCACUGAAAUGAUCGAGGUAGCAGCAGAAGGUCGAGCUGGUGGAAUGGUGAUCCUUUGGAACCACAAUAGGGUUGUAGUGAAUAACUUCACAAGAAGGAACCAAGAGAUCCAUGCAAUGAUAGAGUGGCAUAAACCUCCUAAAGGUUGGGAUAAAUUUAAUGUUGAUGGUGCUUUCACUGAAGUUGCUUGCCAAGGUGGUAUAGGUGGAGUAGCUAGAAGCAACACAGGAAGCUGGAUACUAGGUUUUCAUAUGAAAACUCAAACACUAUCAGCAACACAAGUGGAUCUCCAAGCCUUGAGAGAAUGCUUACAGCUUAUAAUGCAGCAUAAUCUACUGCCAGUGGAAAUUGAGACAGACGCAUCAGAAAUUAUUAAUAUGAUAGCUAAUGAUCACCCUACUUACACCAAAUUAAUCUAUGAAUGCAGGUGGCUGAUGAAACAAACAAGGAGGAAGGGCAAGGUGGUCCUCAGGCAUAGCUUCAGACAAGGAAACAGUGUUGCCCAUGCCUUGGCAAAAAUGGCACUAAAGCAGUCCAACCUAAAUAACAUCACCCUUUUGGCAAAUCUCCCGGAGCCGGCAAUACAUCAGUAUCAACAGGAUCUGGAGCACUUUUCUUCUAUGAAAUUUGUUCUAGUGUAUGCUUAA